UACAGGUACGUUCCAAAACAGAAAAGGAAGGGGGAAAUCACUUCAUUCAUUCGUCGUCAUCUGUCUCAAACCGAAGAGACCACACCGCGCAAAUGUCUCUCUCCAUCCACGAAGUGGCCGCCAGCGCCGUCCAGGCCCGCGCCCGCAUCCGCACCCACAUCUACCAGACGCCCCUCAUCCCCGCCCGCCACGCCGGCCGGGACCACAACGCCACCGUCCUCUUCAAGGUCGAGAACUUCCAGCUGACCGGCUCCUUCAAGCUUCGAGGCGCCACCUCCAAGAUCUCGGCCCAGCCCGCCACCCCUACCGCCGACGGCGACAACAGCAAAUCCAGACUGAUCACCGCGUCCUCGGGCAACCACGGCAUCGGCGCCGCCCACGCCGCCCGCGCCCUCGGCCGGGACCUGACCGUCGUGCUUCCCAAGACCGUCUUCCCCGCCAAGCUCGACAAAAUCCACUCCUACGGCGCCACCUCCAUCCUCCACGGCGCCGAGACCGGACUGGCCGAGCAGUACGCCCAGCGGCUCGCGGCCUCUGGGAAGUACACCUACAUCUCGCCCUACAACGACCCGCUCAUCGUCGCCGGGCAGGGCACCAUCGGCCUCGAGAUCCUCGAGCAGUGCGGCGCCGGCGGCGUCGACAACGUCUUCAUCUCCAUGGGCGGCGGCGGCCUCGUCAGCGGCAUCGGCGCCGUCCUCAAGGCCUUCAGCCCGGGGACCAGGGUCUACGGCGUCGCCGCCGCCAACUCCAAGACGCUGGCCGAGUCCAUCGCCGCCGGGAAAGUCCUCGAGACGGAGCACCGGCCCACGCUGGCCGAGGCCGUGGCGGGCGGCAUGGACGAGGACUCCAUCACCCUUGCCUUGGCGACCGCCGUCGUCGACCGCGUCGUCGAAUGCGACGAGGAGGAGAUCGCCGCCGCUAUGAGGAAGAUGGCGUUCGAGGAGAACAUGAUCGUAGAAGGUUCCGCCGCUCUGGCUCUGGCGGGCUUCGACAAGGUUGCCGGAGAAGUGGCAGGCCAAACGAGCGUCAUCCUCUUGUGUGGAGGUAAUGUAGACCAGGGCGUCGUCAAGAAAGUCAUAUACGGUCAGUAAA